AUGGCAUCUCGAAAAGAGCUCGCUAGAGCAAUGAAGCGGCUCGGAGACGAGAUAAGAGCUUAUGACAAUGUCGAGAAUGAAACAUUCCUCUUCCUACGUCCCGUCAAUGACGAGGACCUACUACACUGGGAAGCUGUACUGAAGGGUCCGGCUGGAUCAGCGUACGAGGGUGGGCUUUGGCACCUCAGCAUUGAAAUCCCGCCAAAGUACCCUUUUGCGCCGCCGACUAUUAUCUUCACGAAUAAGAUCUUGCACCCGAACAUCGACUUCAACGAGGGCAAGAUUUGUCUCUCGGUCUUGACCUCUGAGCACUGGACUCCGGCUGGGAAUCUCGAGACCACACUCCGGGCUAUUCAGCAGUUGUUGACGGAUCCAAAUCCGGAUUCGCCCCUGAAUGUUGAGAUAUCGGUUCUACUGCGCAAGGGGGAUAUAGCUGGUUAUGAAAGUCUUGUGCGGUACUUGACUGAGGAGCAGCGGUGGGAGGAACCUCGGAACCCGAGACGGUGA